AUCAUUUGGAGGUGCGUUGUGAACGCGAUCGGACACACGAUCCGCAGACAGAUUUUGUGCGUGUGUAUUGCACGUGGUUAAGUGUGAGUGUGUGUGGGACCGUAGAGAAGUAGUUCAACUAGUAGGCAAGCGGAUAGAUAGACCAGUUCAGCGCAAGAACAUAUCUGCGGAACAAAGUUUCACGAUCCUGGCUCCCGUCUAGCUCACCUUCUUCCUUUCUCCGCCCUCAGCUUUGCUCUGUUGGAAGGAAGGACAAGGAGAUGUCGUCCGGGAGACGCUUGUGGUUGGCGCUGGCAGGGGUACUGCUAGUUCUGGCUGUGAUUACCGGUCCGGUUGGUAGCUAUUCGCCGUUCAAGAAGGGACCACAGCAUGGUUCGUUUACCCGCACAUCACCAGCCGUUAAUGGGGAGCGUGGGACGGUGCGGGAGCGCGAACGUGAGCGUGAACGCGAGCAGGAACGAUUGGCAACACCGUACGUAGGGCCGCUGGUGGGACUGGAAGGCGGCGGUAAGCGGGCAGCUAACGAUUUCCUCGAGGAUGUCGGUAAGAACGUUUUUGACACCGUCUACCACUGGAAGGUGAUCGACUUCAUGUAUCCUUCGCUGCAGUUGCGCAAUAACGCCAUCCGCACACGAGAAUUCAUUCCGGAGAACAAUCUACCGCUCGGAGUGGACCGAUUCCGCGACCGGUUGUUCAUCACGACACCGCGCUGGAACCCGGGUGUACCGGCCACUCUGUCCUAUCUGCCACUGCCGGCCCAGGAUCGUAGCCAACCGUUGAUGCCGUACCCGGACUGGAGCUACCACACGUCGCCGCGCAACCCUGACUGCUCCAAAAUGAUGUCCGUCUACCGCAUCCAGGUGGAUGAGUGCGAUCGUCUCUGGGUGCUGGAUGCGGGUGUCACCGACACACUCACCAACCUGCAGCAGGUCUGCCCACCGAAGAUUAUGGCGUUCGAUCUGCAGAACGAUGAGCUGCUGUUCACGUACGUCCUGCCGGAGGAGCAGGUGAAGGAGGACUCGCUUCACACGAACAUCGUGGUGGACGUUCGCGAUGGCCAGUGUGACGACGCGUUCGCAUACGUCGCCGAUGUGUGGCGCAACGGCAUCACCGUGUUCGAUAUGCGCAAGUUCAAGAGCUGGCGUACGACGAACCAUCUUUACAACCCGAACCCGCUCGCCAGUGACUACAACUACCAGGAGCUCAACUUCCAGUGGUCGGACGGUGUGUUCGGUAUGUCCCUCGCGCCGGUUCAUCGUUCGGGAGAUCGCAUGCUACUGUUCCACCCCAUGUCCAGCUUCAUGGAGUUCCAAGUUCCUGCCUCCAUCCUGCGCAACGAAACCGUCUGGGAAGGAUUCGGCCUGGCAGCGAAGGCGUUCCAGCCGGUCGGUACCCGCGGUCGCAUGGGCCAGUCGUCCACGGCGGGUGUCGGAAAGAACAAUGUGCAGUUCUUCACGCUCGUCCAGCAGUCGGGGGUCGGAUGUUGGGAUCUUGGCAAACCCUACAACCGCAACAAUCUCGGCGUGGUGGAGAAGAACGCACAGAAGCUGACCUUCCCGAACGAUCUGAAGGUUGACCGCGAGCCCCAACAGUCGCUGUGGGUGAUGAGCAACAAGCUGCCCGUCUUCCUGUACGACAAACUCGACUACACGCAGACUAACUUCCGCGUGCUGAUGGCAGACGCCCGGAAGGCUAUCGAGAACACCGUGUGUGAUCCGCGCGUCCCACCAAGUUUGGCGUUCGAUGCCGCCCAGCUCGAGUGUGAGUUGGAGCUGUAGGACAGGUGCAGCAACGCUGACUCCCCGUUUUAAUUUGUCAACACCCUGUCCACCGCGAGUUCGAGCAAACGCUUGCCAGACACGGACGGAUGUGAAGCCAAACCAAUCAUUACUUCGACACGAGGGCCAAUUCCCGAACUGAUCCUUAUUUAUCUACCUUCGGGGUUUCCAAAACUUUAUCACCCCCCCCACACCGUAUCGAACGAACUAGCGGAGCGCAAUGGAUGGUCGUGGUUAGCCAUUUCUGGUGAAAUACAUUCCACUACUUAAGGAUUAAAUGGAA